UCUUGCGACACGAGAGGAGCGGCUGCGGUGUGAGGUGCGAGGUGCCCAGCCGGAUCGUUAACGCUGUUCAUUUGCGGGGGCCGAGGCUGCCUUCACAAAGCGCUUCCCUCAGCCUGGGGUUGCAGUCCCUCUCGGCCGCCGGCCUGGCCACUUUGCUCCUUGAGUCCUGCAGCGGAACGCUUGCUGGGCCGCUGCCAUCCCCCCGCACAGGCGGGCGGGAUCCCGCCUCGGCGGUGCCCGGUGCAGAGCCGCUGGAGCAGCCUCGUUGCCGGCCGGAAGAGGAAGGCCGCCGGGGCGCAGCGAAGGGCCGGGGAGGAGCCGCCGCCGCUCUCCCGCGGCAUCCCCAAGGGAGGGAUCUUGGCAGGCGGAGUGGACUCUCCCGCACACGCUGCGGGCCCGGCGCCCUGCGGGAGCGAAGGAGAGCAGCUGGGAAGAUGGCCCAGCAAGUGAGAGACAUCGGCAGCAGCUCCCUCAGUGGCACAGAAGAGCAGAACUGUGGCCGUGUUAUCACCAUUGUUUUCCUGGCACUCUUCAUUGACUUGUUGGGGUUCGCUCUCAUCUUGCCACUCUUUCCUUCCAUCCUUGAUUAUUACAGCCAGACUGAGGAUGGAUUCUAUUUGUCCUUGCAACGUGGUGUGGACUGGUUUGCAGUGAUGGUUGGAGUGCCUCCAGAGAGGAAAUACAACAGUGUCUUGUUUGGAGGUCUGAUUGGCUCAAUCUUUUCCAUCCUCCAGUUUUUCUCCUCUCCCCUCACUGGUGCUGUGUCAGACCACUUGGGCAGAAGGCCUGUCAUCUUGAUGACAGUGGUGGGUUUGAUAACAUCAUAUGCACUAUGGGCUGUCUCUAGGACCUUUGGUGUUUUCCUCCUCUCCAGGAUCGUGGGUGGAAUAAGCAAAGGGAAUGUCAGCCUCUGCACAGCUAUAAUUGCUGACCUGCACUCUCCAAAAGCACGGAGCAAGGGCAUGGCAAUGAUUGGUGUAGCCUUCUCCCUUGGCUUCACCCUGGGUCCCAUGAUUGGAGCUUACCUAGCCAUGGAGGCAGAGAAAGGAGAGGUCUUCUACCUCCGUUCAGCACUGUUAGCGCUCGUGUUUGCUGUGGCAGACUUGAUUUUCAUCUUCUUCCUCCUUCCAGAGACCCUUCCCAAAGAAAAACGGGUCUCUUCUGUAGCGUCUGGAUUUCAGGCAGCAGUUGACUUGCUCAGUCCUUUGGCUUUAUUUCGGUUCUCUGCAGUCACCCGCGGAGAGGAAUCCCCCUCAGAAGAGAAUCUUCAGAAUCUCAAAGUCUUGGGCCUGGUUUAUUUCCUGUACCUUUUCCUCUUUUCUGGCUUGGAGUACACCCUGAGUUUUCUGACUCACCAGAGGCUACACUUCAGCAGCAUGCAGCAAGGCAAGAUGUUUUUCUUUAUUGGAAUAACAAUGGCUGUGAUCCAGGGAGGCUAUGCUCGACGAAUCAAGCCAGGAAAUGAAAUCAGAACUGUAAAAAGGGCCAUUGUGUUGCUGAUUCCAGCCUUCUUCCUGAUUGGAUGGGCUGCAAAUGUGACCGUGCUGAGUGCUGGGCUGCUGCUGUACUCCUUUGCUGCAGCCAUUGUGAUCCCAUGUUUGUCAGCAGUGGUGUCAGGCUAUGGCUCUGCCAGCCAGAAAGGACGUGUGAUGGGCAUCCUGCGGAGCCUGGGCGCCCUGGCCAGAGCCCUGGGACCCAUCCUGUCAGCUACAGUUUACUGGCUGGCAGGAGCAGAGGUUUGCUUCACACUCUGUGGCACUUUGUUCCUCAUCCCCUUGGUUUUGCUUCGCUCUAUCAAGCAGCCAACAAAGGAGGAGUAAGCAGCGACCAUGGCAUCAAUCACCAGUUUCCAGGGACCUCUACAAGACCCAACUCUGCUGAUAAAACAGGAAGACAAGGAAGGGGACAUGCAACCAUCUGCAGCGACAAUCCCCGUGGGUUCCUUGCAGCCCUCCACGAGCAGGUCUGUUAAAAUAACCGCCCAGCCAGCCUGGCUAGCACUGCAGACAGAAGAAACUCAUGGAACAGGUGAGUGAAGCACUGAGGUCAUGAGCCAAGCAGAGACUGGUGUGACAGCAGCACAGUGAGAUCGCAGUGCACCCUGCACCACAGAGCUCUUCUCUGCUCCUUUCUAUCCAUCACCAGCACAAGCAAGACCAAAGCCUCUGCCCCAACCCCUGCCCAGGGACUUGUGUGUCUGGGUUUGGCCAGCAGAGAACAAACCCACAGCUGUCAGAUCUUCACAAAGCUCUGGGCCUGCUAAAAGCUGUACCAACCACCUGCCUUAAAACAAACAGCAAAAUCAGAAGCCAGGAGCAAGGGUCCAGACUUGGAGUGGUUCUGAUGCCUGGUUGGGUGUGGGACUGGGUGAUGGUUUCUGAUGCCCAAGCCCUGCUCUUCUGACCUUACAAAUAAACGGCUACUGUACACUGCUCCAGCCUCUCCCCAUCUCACCCCAACAGCCCCUGUCUGGCUAAGCCAAAGGGGGGUCCAGAGCUCCAGCCAAGGUGCUAAAGGCCUCUUCCAAGGACCCUCAGUGGGCCAGGAACCCAUCAGUGCUGACUCCCAGGCCGGGCUGCUGUAGGUGAAGGGGUGAAUGGGAGAAGGAUUCCUCCAACAGGAUCUGCCCACUGCUCUGCUGGGGUACUCUUGGAAGGCCACCCCACAGUUGCCCAUUUGAGUGGUGCCUGAGAAUACAUUAAAGCCAUCAUUAAUCAGCACAUUAAUCAUUAAAGGAAAGUGAAGCUAAUUAAAUUCAGCAGCCUCCAGCUGCAGAAUAAAACAGUCUGAGUUUUGAA